AUGUGGACGCUCUACGAAGCCGUCAACCUCACUCCAGACGGACAUCCGUUCAAAGUUAACUGUCUGACUUGGCUUGGGAUAUGCACACGCAACUUUUUCGACGUGUUCCGGAUGGUGGAUGGACUUGACAAAGCCAUUAAUGCCUAUAAACGGGCAGCAACCUCCCCAUCGGGUGAACCCGCCCUUCGAUACGCAGCAGGGAUGUUAUGGGCACACGCAGCUCGUAUCAGACACGGGCCUUCACAACAAGCGAUAGACGCCUAUUCUGUGGCUCUCGACCUCCUCCCCCGUAUCGCAUGGCUAGGCAGUGAUAUCGCGUCAAGGCACAAAGAGCUAGCCAAUAAAGGGGAUGACGCCCCCAAAGCCGCCGUGGCUGCUAUUGAAAUGGGAGAGUACGGAACCGCAUUGGAAUGGCUCGAACAGGGCCGAUCCGUGGUCUGGGGCCAACUCCUCCAGUUACGCUCCCCUGUCGACCACCUCAGGAGUGUCAAUGAGACACUUGCAGAUGAGCUGUUGAGGGUCUCGAGAGAGUUGGAUGGGAUAAGUACACGACAGACGCAGACGUCAGGGUCUAAACGGGUCAAGGAAGACGGACCACAGUCACUGGAAGAGGUUGCCCAGCGCCAUCGACGUCUCGCCGAAGAGUGGGAGGAAUUGUUGGCUGAGCUGAGAAAGGCGGCUCGUGAGGGUCCUGUCGUCUUCCUCAACAUUCACCACCUCCAGUGUGAUGCUCUUAUCAUACAGAGUGACCAGGAAUCUGACCCGAUUCUUCAUGUGCCUUUCUCAAGCUUUUCGAUCAAGAAAGCACAGGAGCUGCAGUUGUCCCUUAAGCGACUCCUGGGAUUGUCUGGUGUUCAAGUUCGUGGCGGUCAUCAGGUGAAGUUCUUGCCUGGCCAACAGGGCCCAUCAUUUGAAAAAAUCUUGUCUACUCUUUGGAUGGAAAUUGUGAAACCUGUUCUAGACAAACUGAACUACAAGCAGGUGUCUUCAUCCUCGACUCCAACUCGCAUUUGGUGGUGUGCUACUGGUCCAGUCGCCUUCCUACCUCUGCAUGCGGCUGGCUUAUACACCACUCCUCAAGAGGGAACCAAAGUCUUCGAAUAUGUUACGUCCUCCUACACUCCAACCCUAACAGCCCUCCUCAGAGACCCUCUCAAAAAGGAUUCCCAGUUCCACGGAAUCCUGGCAAUAAGCCAACCCACCACACCCGACCAGUCACCCCUGCCAAAAACAGAAAACGAAGUCGAAAGUAUCAGACAACACUGCAUCUCCACUGGCCAACCCCUUGAAUGGCUCAACAAGUCUGAAGCUACUAUCUCAAACAUCCUCCAAGGAAUGACGAACCACAACUGGGUCCACCUUGCCUGUCACGCUGUCCAACGCGUCGAUGCGCCCACCCAGAGCGCGUUCUGCCUUCACCAAGGCCGCCUCGAGCUCUCCGAGAUUAUUGCCAGGUGUAAAUCCCUCCCUUUGGCAGAGCUAGCAUUUUUGUCAGCCUGCCAGACAGCGUCGGGGGAUGAGAAGCUAUCGGAGGAGGCAGUGCAUUUGGCAGCUGGGAUGAUGCUGGCUGGGUAUAAGAGUGUAGUGGCGACGAUGUGGUCGAUUAGGGAUCGGGACGCACCGUUGGUGGCGGAUGGGGUGUAUAGGCAGUUGCUAUGUCGUCCUGAGACGGGGAGUACAAUGAGGGAGGAAAGGCCAGAUAGCACCAGAUCUGCCCAUGCUUUGCAUUGUGCAGUUCGAGAGCUUCGUGAGGUGGUUGGUGAAAAGGCGUUCAUCGCGUGGGUCCCAUUUAUUCAUUUCGGGUUGUAG